AUGCCCUUACCUAUCAAGCGAGGUGACGCUUGGAUCAACCCCAGCUUCCCUGACGUUUCGCUCGACCUUGCAGGCGUUGUCUCUCUGGCGGAUAUUUCUACCAGUUUGCAACGGACCGCGCUCACGGGCACUGCCACUUUAUUGGACUGCUUGGUCCUCUGCCCGGGCUUCCAUCUCCAGCAACACGCUGACGAGCUCAACAAAGGCGAGCAUCCGGCCGCAGCAGCGUUAACUUCAGGCUAUGUCUUCAGAAUCGAAAACCCGGCCACUGUGUAUUAUCUGCAGAAGAUCGGUAAAACCGGCAGUCUUACCACGGUGAGAGUCAGAGAUGUGAGAAAGAGACAGAAGAAGAAUGCUCUGCUGGAGACGCUGUUCACGGUGGACACCGCGAAUGCUGUCUCUAUCGGCGCACAUGCCAUUGCCGUCUCCUUGACCCUCGCCGUCCUUGUGAUUGUUGGUCUCAUGAGAGACUGGUGGGGCCUGUUCGUGACCUUGAUCCUGGUCCUCGCACGCCUUCUCAAUGUCGUUCUGAUUCGACGACGCUGCAAGCUGAAAUGGUCGGGAGCGGUUGAGGCAGAUCGCCCGGGAGAUUUGCUCGUGCUCCUGAGUCAGGACCGGUGGAUCAAAAUCGUCGGCGAUAUCAAUCAGAUCAAAGCCGUCUCUUCCGGUCAGUGGCUCCAGGACAUGUCGGCCCCCGAGAGCUGGAUGGCGGCCUUCGCCACCGUCUUGGUGUAUCUCAAUGCGGCGUUGGCCAGUAACGCCUCGCAGUUUGGCAAGGUGCUCUUGAUCUUGCUGCUGAUCGUGUCUGCGGGUCUACUGGCCGCGGCAAAUCAGUGGACGGAUCAAUUGCAGAUGCACGGAUACGUGCUUGAACUGGCCAAAGGGGAGACCAAGGCCUACGAGAGACGACUUCACAUGGUGAAAGACCUGGUUGAGCAGUAUGAUGGAAAUCCCGACUGGGCUCUGCGCUUGGGACUGAUCAACCCGGAGGAUCUGCACGACCGAAGCAGUGAGGAGUUCUCGGUGUCGUCCGAGGAGCGAAGGUCAGUUCGCAAUCGAGGGAGGGACAGAGCGAGUGAGGAUAUCCGGCCGGCGAUCAUGUGA